AUGUGUGAUUUCCCUUUAGCUUGUGGACCUUACAGUAUAUGUACUCUAUCCAAUACUUGUCAAUGCAUCCAGUUUUCAGAGAAGGCUGCUAACCCAGUGGCAGUGCAAUCUGAUUGCAACGUGGGUUUUUCUGGCGAGUUCUGUGGCAAAACUGAACCCGUUGAGAUGAUUGAGAUAAAGGGUGUUGGAAGUAUCCUGAGAAGUCCUCAAGUUUUUAAUGUCAGGAAAGAUGUUUGCCUGAGUAUGUGCAUUGAUGAUUGUACCUGUGUUGCUCUGUUAUACUCCGAUAAGGGUGUGGGCAUUCAUGCCGGAGAUGUUUGUCAGCGGUGUGUUCAUUAUGGUCUUGUCGGGGGUUUAAAACAAAUGGACGAAGAAGAGGUGGCUAUAAAUAUGUGGAGUUACUGGGUUAAGGCUCCCAAGGGAAUUGUUGGAACAGAGGGCAAAAACUCAGUUUUAAAGAGAUGGCUUCUGAUCAUGGGAGGGGUGGUUGAUGUAUUCAUCAUUCUUCUUGUUAUGGGUGGGUUUGGGUAUUAUUAUCUUGUAAUUAGAAAGAGAAGGACGAGAAAUGAAAAUACCAUCACAUCAAUUUUCGCAGAAAAUCAUUAA